AUAUACCAAUUCAAAAAAUAUUUUGCGAAAAUGAUGAAGCAAAUCUGGAAUGUCCAAUUGGAAGAUAUAUCGAUAUACGAUUAGCAAAUUAUGGACGUUUCACUUUAAGCCUUUGUAAUCCAAGUCAUCGUACUGAUUUAAGUACCACAUGUCAAAAUGAUCGAACAUUAGCUAUAAUGAAAUUAAG